GGAGAGUAUAACUUAUCAUCAACAAGUGGAACAAGAGUUUAUAUUGAUUUGGACAUUCCUGAGACUGCUAAAUUCAAAGAUCAGCUGGUGGAAAAUAACCAACCAAUAGUACAAAUGCCCAAGCAAUUCAAACCACAAGUAUCAAUUGAAGAAGAGAUGAGCAUCAACAGAAGAACCAUAAGUGAAAUCAAAAAAGUUAUGUGGGACUCUGAUAAUAAGGAAACGAUCUUUACCUGUGAAGGAAAGAUUAUAAACAUUGACAUAGAUCGUUCUGGUUGGUACUUUAUCUCUUGUAAAGUAUGUCGUAAAAAGGUAAACUCAAAAGAUGAAUUUUUAUGGUGCGACAAUUGCAACAAAAAGGCAUGCUUCCCAAUCCCAAGGUAUAGAAUUCAAUUAAAGGUUAAAGAUAGCUCAGGAAUGGCCACAUUCAUUUUAUUUGAUUCAGAAGCAGAAAAAUUACUCAACAUAUCAACCAAAGACCUUUUGAAUAAAUCUAUAGAGGUGAGAAAGUCGAAGAUAAAAUUAGUAUUUAAUAUUUACUACUUUACUUCAGUGUACAAUUUGAAAAAUGUUACUUUUGUUAGGAGCCCGAUGAAGUCAUCCUUCCUGUGCAAAUAGAAAAUCUGAAAGGAAAACAAUUUGUUUUCCAAAUACAACUAAAUAACUAUAAUCUCAACUAUGGAUGGGAAUUCUACACUGUCAAGAAACUUUUUGACUCUUUUGAAGAAACUAACAAAACAAUUCAGCUUGAUAAAAUGACAGAAGUAAGUAUUAUUUAAUUUAGCAAAAUUACAAAUAUGAUAUUUAAGAUGUAUAUGUUGUAAUACAUUCCUCAACCUGUUCUAUUGCUAGGUUUACAUCAGUGAUACUUCAAAUGAAUGUAGCAACAACUUAUCAAUUGAAGAAGAUGGUGACUGUACAAAAUUUCAAAAACUUGAUGUUCAAACCAAUGUGCAACUCACACCAACAUCUGUACUCAAGGAAAACAAAAGGGCAUAUUUAGGGACUACUACAAAGCACCAAAGGAAGAAGAUACAAAAAACACUUUAAAGUUGUCUUUCAAUCUCUAAGAUUUUCUAUGCACAAUUUGGUUUUAAUGAAUUUGUGAUUUUG